AUGGCGACUGCGAUCACAACAGCAGCAGCAGCAACAGCAACAACAUCAGAGAUAUUCUCAGCACCCAUUUCACCAACAAUACCUGCAUCAAUUAGAUGUUGCCGAAAAUCAAAAUCAAAAUCAAUCCAUAUUCUCUCUUCUUCCUUCACAAACCCUGCCACUACAGUAUUCUCGUCUUCACCAACAACGGCAAUUCGAACCAGUCGGGCUCGGGCCAUUACUGUACGUGCUGCAAGAGGUAAAUUCGAACGUAAAAACCCCCAUGUUAAUAUAGGCACCAUAGGACAUGUAGACCAUGGUAAAACUACUUUGACUGCUGCGUUAACUAUGGCUUUAGCUUCAUUUGGUAAUAGUGCACCCAAAAAAUAUGAUGAAAUUGAUGCUGCACCUGAAGAAAGAGCUAGAGGUAUUACUAUUAAUACUGCUACCGUAGAAUACGAAACUGAAAAUCGGCAUUAUGCGCACGUUGAUUGUCCGGGGCAUGCUGAUUAUAUUAAGAAUAUGAUUACUGGUGCUGCACAAAUGGAUGGGGCUAUAUUAGUUGUCUCUGGUGCUGAUGGACCAAUGCCACAAACUAAGGAACAUAUUUUACUUGCUAAACAAGUGGGGGUACCUAAUAUGGUUGUUUUCUUGAAUAAACAGGAUCAAGUUGAUGAUGAGGAGUUACUCGAGUUGGUUGAGUUAGAGGUGAGGGAACUUUUAAGUUUGUAUGAGUUUCCUGGUGAUGAUAUACCUAUCGUUUGUGGUUCUGCCCUUUUAGCUUUGGAGGCCUUGAUGGCUAAUCCAAAAAUUAAAAGAGGUGAAAAUGAAUGGGUUGAUAAGAUAUAUCAACUUAUGGAUGAUGUCGAUGAUUAUAUACCUAUACCACAACGUCAAACUGAAUUACGGUUUUUGUUGGCUGUUGAAGAUGUAUUUUCUAUUACUGGCCGCGGUACAGUUGCCACUGGUCGUGUAGAGAGAGGAACUGUUAGAAGUGGUGAGACUGUUGAGAUUGUUGGACUUCGGGAGACGAGGAGUACUACUAUAACUGGUGUUGAAAUGUUUCAGAAGAUUUUGGAUGAAGCUCUUGCUGGUGACAAUGUAGGUAUAUUACUCCGUGGUAUUCAAAAGGCUGAUGUACAGAGAGGAAUGGUUAUUGCUAAACCUGGUACUAUCACACCACACACGAAAUUCACUGCCAUUGUUUAUGUACUCAAGAAGGAGGAGGGUGGAAGACAUUCCCCGUUUUUCGCUGGUUAUCGGCCACAAUUUUAUAUGAGAACUACCGAUGUUACUGGGAGGGUAGCAAAGAUUAUGAAUGAUAUGGAUGAGGAAUCCAAGAUGGUUAUGCCAGGAGAUCGUGUUAAAAUGGUAGUGGAACUUAUAAUGCCUGUGGCUUGUGAGCAGGGAAUGAGGUUUGCUAUUAGAGAGGGUGGAAAGACUGUUGGAGCAGGUGUUAUUCAAGCUAUUGUGGAGUGAUGCAAAAUCAUCUUUUGUGCUGUUUCUCUUGCCAAAUGU